AUAAUAUUUCGAUUGCUCAUCAGAAUAAAAUCAAUAGGUAAAGAAAGAGUAUUUGUAUUUGUGUGUGGUGAAGAGGUUGAUUGGUUCAUCGAGCAUCUUUAUUAAUCGUUGAUUGAAUCAUUCAGAGAUGAAUCAACCAAAUAAAUACGCUGCAACGAAUGCUACCCAGAUUCGUAAUAUAUUGGAAUUGAUCGGCCAAUUUUCGGAGGAGUUCAGGAACAUGAAUGGUCGAAUUAUCGAUAUAGGCUGCGGUCCUGGAAAUACCACAAGAGAUAUACUUGUCCCAUGUGUCGGCAGGGAGGCUGUUAUUGUUGGUGCUGAUAUAUCCCCAGAAAUGAUUGAGUAUGCAAAACAGCAUUAUGCAGUUGAUGAUAAACUAUCAUUCAUUGAGUUAGAUAUGCAAACGUCUGAGCUACCAAAAAACUUGAUCGAACAAUUUGAUCAUGCAGUUUCGUUCUAUGCUCUCCACUGGUGUAAGAAUACACUGAAAGCAUUACAGAACAUCUACAAACUUCUUCGACCAGGGGGUAAAGCCAUUAUUUUAACCAUUUCCCAUCACAUGAUAUACGAUAUGUAUCCGGAACAGGAAAAAGAUCCAAGAUUUGCACCAUACAUGCAGGUAAUAUUCAUAAGCAUUCGCUUCUUAAAUCUUUCUCAUUUUUCAAUGGAUUUCACAUUCAGUAAAAAUAAGACUUUCGUGCUUCGGACACGGCCAACUUACCGCAAAAUAUUCCAUGAAAAUGUCUUUCUUCUUUUAUGA